AUGGUGAGGGAUGAGCGUACCCUCGAUGAAUCGGGAUGUGGUUGUGUUCCCUCAGGAUCCCUGGCCGAUUCCCUGAGUCAGGCCCCUGUCAGGAGCCAAUGGGAAGAUGCCGUUGAGAAAUUCUGGACGUUUAGCCGUGACCUGGCGCAGUCCACCCAUGGGCUACUCCAACAACUGCAAAUCGCCGAGGUGGACAAGCAACUCUCUGCCAUGAUCUCCGACUGCAUGUCUGAGCUUGAGAGCUCCGGAGCAGGCCUUCAGUCUGAGUUGGGACCCUACGCUGAGCAGUUGGGCUCUGACCUGCAGGAGGCGAAGGAUCGUCUGCACCAUGACCUGGAGGAGAUGCGCUCCAACAUGUUGGUCUACAUGGACGAGGUCAAGCUGGUCACCAAGCAGCACCUGACAGAGUGGCGUCAAACUGUUGGCUUGUAUCUCCGCAAGUACCGCAAGAGGCUCAACCGUGACCAGGCCACGAUCCGCGCCAAGUUCCAGGAGUACGCCGAUGAGCUUCGGAACCAUCAGAACCGUACGCUCAGUGACCUUCAUGACAUGGCCGCCCCCUACGGCCAAGCGGUGGAGAAGAAGGUCAGCCAGCACCUGAAGAGCAUCCACCAGUCCCUGGCCCAGCAGGCCGAGGAUGUCAGGUCCAAGGCCGAAGCGCUGCAGGAACACAUCUCCAGCAACGCCGCCGACGCUCGCGAGACCUUCCAGCGCAAGAUGGAGGAAAUCCGCGACUGGUUCCAGGCUGAGGCGCAGACCGUCUCCCAACGUUUCUCUGAUCUCAUUGACUACCUCCAUCAGAAACUCAACCCAUCCCCUAGUCUGGAGGGAGACCUCAUGGAGACUUCCAACUCCCCCCUCCCAUAAUUCUCUCUCUCUCUCUCUCCCCUCUCGCUCUCUCUGCUCUCCCCUCUCUCCGCACUCAGAGCCCAUUCCCGGCUAACCCCCAUUUUUCCAGCCGUCGCUCCCACGUUACCCUCUCUGUGCCCGCCUCACUCAGCCACUAUUCCACCAGGAUGGGAGGGUCUGCUGAGGUUACCCGCGGAGUCUUUGUGCUUGUAGGUUCCUGUCCUUUUGAGUCGUUAAGCUCUGGCCAGUUCAGAUGGCCCCUCCCAACAAAUUGCGUUUCAUUACCUGAGGAGAUGGGACAACUCCCCCAAACCUCCCUCUCCCCUCUCUCUACAUCGGAAACACAGUGACAGGAUUCCCUCUCUCCCACUCUCCCCAUGUUAACUACAUCGUAAAUACAGAGACAUGAUUCCCCUCUCUCUCUCUGUAAACAUGAUGAGACAAUUCCUCCCUCCGUCCCCCUCUGUGUUAACUACUGUGUAAAUACAGAGACAUGAUUCCCCUCUCUCUCUCUGUAAACAUGAUGAGACAAUCCCUCCCUCCGUCCCCCUCUGUGUUAACUACUUUGUAAAUGUGUCUUAUGAUACUUCUACCAGUCAGAAAAGUUGCUUCCAUACUGCGCUGUGCUAAACAUCUGAAAAGUAAUGAAACAUUUCUCCCCCUGCCUUAUUCGGAGCGAUAUAGUAAAUCUGAUCUACGUUUGCAUGUCUUUACGAUGCUGUACCUAAGCGUGAAACAUUUCUGGUUGUACACUGAGGAAAUCUCUCUGCCAUAUUAAUAAAACAAAACCUGAUCAGGGGAGGCUCUGCUUUAAUAUCGAGGCGAUUAUCUGGGGAUGGAGAUAACUUUCUUCUGUGUGGAAUUUCUCUGUGAAAUGUGGCCGUAACAUUACUCCUUAAGGGCUGGAGGGGUCUCAAUGGUGUGUAAGCUCAUUGUAAUGAACUCAAUUAAACAAUCCUUUCCAAUGCUGA